AUGGACAUGAUGGAGGCGAACCGCAAAAGGGCGAUGGUGGCCAUGUCUAUAGCCCUUUUCCGGGGAAAUACCCAAAUAAUACAGAAUAGGUUUGUCAGUGAGAGCCUUGAGACAGCAGGCCUAUCGUUAGAGAGACACCUCCCUGAAGAAAGACGUGCCAAAGUCCCAAGGACUGAGAACUAUGCUGAGGUGACGGUCCCACUUCAGUCUCUAGAUGAUUUCCGAUCGCAUUUUCGGCUCUCCAGGACGACAUUUCAGGUCUUAUUGGGGGAACUACAACCGUGUCCAGAGAUGGCCCUGGGACAACAUGGGUUUGGUCGUCCUCCAGUUGAACUCGGCAAGCAAGCCUUGGUGUUCCUCUGGUACCUUGGGUCACCCGACUCCUUUAGAUCAAUUUCUGAUCGCUUCGGGAUUUCGAGGUCAACAACACACUGCAUCUGUCGCAGAGUUUGCAAAGCCGUUGUGAACAACCUCAUUAAGAAACUAAUAUCCUGGCCAAGUCACGAGAACAGAGUGAACAUUUCUGAAGGAUUCGAAAAGUACAGUCACUUUCCAGGGGCCAUUGGGGCAAUAGAUUGGUGUCACAUAAAAAUCAAAGCCCCCACGAAGAAUCCCAAUUCAUAUGUAAACCGUAAGAAAUUCCACUCGGUUGUGCUACAGGGUGUCUGUGACGAUGCCCUGGCCUUCACCCACGUCUAUACUGGCUGGCCAGGGUGCACACAUGAUGCCCGUGUUUUCAAUAACUCCUCAGUGUUCCAAGAGGCUGCAGCCAAGUUUGAAACGGAUGAAUUCCUCCUGGGAGACUCGGCGUACCCGAUACAACCAUGGCUUAUGACCCCAUAUAAGGAUUAUGGGAAUAUCACAAGGGAUCAAAAGAGGUACAACAAGAGACAUAACUCUGCUAGGGUCGUCAUUGAGAGAGCUUUUGGACAACUCAAAGGACGAUUCAGAAGGCUAAGGCACUUUGAUUGUUCCGACUUCGAACUGUUGUGCCACUCUAUUUUGGCGGCAUGUGUCAUGCACAACCUUUGUCUGAAGAACAAUGACGAUACACUAGAAGAACUUCAAUUAGAUGAAGAGAAUGCCGCUAUGCCUAGGCCACACCACCACAGGACCAGCGGAAUUGAAAAACGUAGGGAACUAGAAAUGCUGUUGGCCAGGAGAGACUAA